AUGCCAGCGAUGUCUCUCAGCUCCCGCCUCAACAAGGCUGUGCGCCAGCAGUACCUGAACCUGCCGCAGGGAGAGAAAUCCCAGAUCACCUACAUCUGGAUCGAUGGCACCGGAGAGGGUCUUCGCAACAAGACCCGAACCCUGGACUUUGAGCCAAAAAGCCUAGAUGAAAUUCCUGAGUGGAACUUUGAUGGCUCGAGCACAUACCAGUCCGAAGGCUCCAACAGUGACAUGUACCUCAUCCCAGUGCGCAUGUUCAGGGAUCCAUUCACCCUCGACCCCAACAAACUGGUUCUCUGUGAGGUCCUCAAAUACAACCGCUUACCUGCAGUUGUAUUAUUUACUUCUGUUCUUUCAUGUGCAGAAACUAACCAUCGGGCGAGCUGCAUGAAAGUGAUGGAGGAGAUUAAAGAGCACUGCAUGUGGUUUGGCAUGGAGCAGGAGUUCACCCUCUUGGGAAUAGAUGGACAUCCUUUUAGUUGGCCCACAAAUGGAUUCCCAAGACCCCAAGGACCUUACUACUGUGGGGUGGGGGCAGACAGUGCUUAUGGACGGGACAUUGUGGAGUGCCACUACAAGGCCUGCCUCUUUGCAGGGAUCAAUAUAUAUGGCACCAAUGCUGAAGUUAUGCCAUCUCAGUGGGAGUUCCAGGUGGGACCCUGUGAGGGUAUUGAGAUGGGCGACCAUCUGUGGGUUGCACGCUUCCUGCUGCAUCGUGUGUGUGAAGAUUUUGGUAUUAUAGCAACACUGGACCCCAAACCAGUGCAGGGCAACUGGAAUGGUGCUGGUUGCCACACGAAUGUCAGCACCAAGCAGAUGAGAGAAGAAGGGGGACUGCAAUACAUUGAACAGGCCAUCGAUAAGCUAAGCAAAAGGCACCCCCAGCACAUUCAAAUGUAUGACCCAAGCGGAGGGAAGGACAACAUGAGGCGUCUCACAGGUCUCCAUGAAACCGCCAGCAUCCAUGAGUUCUCUGCCGGAGUGGCCAACCGAGGAGCCAGCAUCCGCAUCCCUCGCCAGGUGGGUCAAGAGAAGAAAGGUUACUUCGAGGAUCGUCGGCCUGCAGCAAACUGUGACCCGUACGCCGUGACAAAGAUCAUCGCAAGCACCUGCCUGCUUUAUUCAGAAGACAAGGAAGAGAGCAUGUAGGAGAGGUACUACUAUGAAGUAACAUAUAAGAACAUACAUCUGAGUUUCACUCUUGAAAAAUGUGAAGACAUGUAGAAUUCAUAUUUAUUACUGUUUCUAAAUUCGAUCAAUUGAGAUACAUUCCCAUGUGCACAGACAGUACUGUAAAUGUCCUUAUUAAUUAUAAAUUGAUGAAAUAUGUUGCAAAGCUGCUCUGUCAGAAGUGGAAAUAGCUUUUCUUUUCUUUUUGUUGAGCCUACAUGCAUAUUACGCAGCAUUAUUAUGAAUCAUUG